AGGCAACAAAAUUUAUGUUAUAACAUCUGUGCUUUUCUUUUGAAAUUGAAAUAGUUCCUCUAGUCAUGUCAAGUAUAUCAAUAAAUUAAUUCAACAAACACAAAAUUUUCGAGUAACUCGAGUGUGGAGAAGCUGGAGUAGAGAAGCCACCAUGUCGGUACCAUCAAAGAUUGCCCUGAGCGUGGCGGUGGCCGUAUCCAGUGCCAUUAUAGGUUAUGUUCAUUAUAAACAAUCUGCAGACCGACUUAAAUUACACGAGGGUGUAAUUCGUGACGUUGAGCAGCAACAGAGGCGAAAACAUGAGAAUACUUAUACCUUGCAGCAGCAAAUUGACAUAACAAAACAAUUGAAGGCAAGGGAAGUAUCCUCAGCUGGAACAGCCCCAAAAACAACAACAACUACAGCACAGCAAACAGUCGGCACUGAAGAACAAACCACAUCAGGCACAAAUCUACGUCCCGUAAUGGAAAGCACGGGUAUUCAGGUGCAAAUGUCAGAAGAACAAUCGACACAUCAGGUACCACCAGCUACAGCAACAUGGGAUCCGAAUGCAAACCAAACCCAAGGCGAAGCUCCACCUAAAAGACAAAAUUCGGUUUAGAAGCCAUUAGUUUAUUAAUUAGUUCUAAGAUCCCAAGAUUAGAAAAUUUCUACAGAAGUAUUUGCAUUGAGGAGAGUUUCCUUAGAUCAAUACCAAAAGGAAAGAGAGUUGUUGUCUUCAUUCUAGCUUAACUCCUCAAUGUAGUUCUGUAUAGAUACUUCUAAUGUCUCUUUGGUGCAGUUGACUGAAUUAAAUUCUAUGUAAAUAAGUUCUAUAUGAACCAUAAUAAAGCCAAAAUCAUAAUGUCUUAAAGCACAAAAA